AUGCCUGGCCUGGACUUUGUGGAGCGAAGAGAAAAAUAUCUAAUACAGGUGUUUCCCAGCCAAGAUCCUCUGGACAGAGCAGAUUUCAACGCUGUUGAAUACAUUAAUACUCUCUUUCCCACUGAGCAAUCUUUGGCCAACAUCGAUGACGUUGUGAACAAAAUCAGAUCAAAAAUAAGGAGGUUGGAUGAGAACAUCCGGACUGUGGUGAGAGGACAGACCAACGUGGGACAGGAUGGCAGGCAGGCCCUGGAAGAAGCCCAGAAAGCCAUUCAACAGCUCUUUGGUAAAAUUAAGGAUAUUAAAGACAAGGCUGAAAAAUCUGAACAAAUGGUUAAAGAAAUCACCCGGGAUAUCAAGCAGCUGGAUCAUGCCAAACGCCACCUGACCACCUCCAUCACCACCCUCAAUCACCUGCACAUGCUGGCAGGGGGUGUGGACUCACUGGAGGCUAUGACCAGGAGGAGACAAUAUGGGGAGGUUGCCAACCUUCUUCAAGGUGUUGUGAAUGUGUUGGAGCACUUCAACAAAUACAUGGGGAUCCCCCAGAUUCGACAGCUUUCUGAAAGGGUGAAGGCAGCACAGAAUGAGUUGGGACAGCAGAUCCUGGCUGACUUUGAGGAAGCUUUUCCUUCUCAAGGUACAAAGAGGCCUGGUGGGCCCAGCAAUGUCCUACGUGAUGCGUGUCUUGUCGCCAAUGUCCUGGAUCCCAGAAUCAAACAGGAAAUCAUCAAGAAAUUUAUUAAACAGCAUCUCUCAGAGUAUCUGGUCCUUUUCCAGGAAAACCAAGAUGUGGCCUGGCUGGAUAAGAUCGACCGGCGCUACGCCUGGAUCAAGCGGCAGCUGCUGGACUACGAGGAGAAGUUCGGGCGCAUGUUCCCCCCGGAGUGGUGCAUGUCGGAGCGCAUCGCCGUGGAGUUCUGCCACCUCACCAGGGCAGAACUUGCUAAGAUAAUGCGCACAAGAGCCAAGGAGAUUGAGGUGAAAUUGCUUUUGUUUGCAAUUCAGAGGACAACUAACUUUGAAGGACUCCUGGCUAAACGCUUCUCAGGUUCCACUCUAGCUGAUGGGACAGUGAAGAAGCCAGAAGUGCCACCUCCUUCCACCAACCCGUUUCUGGAAGAUGAAACUGGGACAGAGACAGAUGAGAUUGUGAUGGAGAAAAGUGAUACAGACAAACCUAAGAAGCCAAAGGUUCCUGACAAUCCUUUUCAUGGCAUUGUUUCCAAGUGCUUUGAGCCUCACCUUUAUGUAUAUAUUGAGUCCCAGGACAAAAAUCUGGGGGAGCUGAUUGACAGGUUUGUGGCUGACUUCAAGGCUCAAGGUCCUCCCAAGCCCAACGUGGACGAAGGAGGAGCCGUCCUGCCCAGCUGUGCCGACCUCUUUGUGUACUACAAGAAGUGCAUGGUGCAGUGUUCCCAGCUCAGCACUGGUGAGCCCAUGAUUGCCCUGACCACCAUAUUCCAGAAGUACCUUCGGGAAUACGCCUGGAAAAUUCUGUCUGGAAACUUGCCCAAGACAACCAGCAGCAGUGGUGGGCUCACCAUCACAAGUUUGCUGAAAGAAAAAGAAGGCUCUGAAGUGGCAAAGUUUACUUUAGAAGAGCUCUGCCUCAUUUGCAGCAUCCUUAGUACUGCAGAGUAUUGCUUGGCCACCACCCAGCAGUUGGAAGAGAAACUCAAAGAAAAAGUGGAUGCAAGUCUAGUGGAGAGAAUCAACCUGACGGGCGAGAUGGACACUUUCAGCAUUGUGAUCUCCAACAGCAUACAGCUGUUAGUGCAGGACCUGGAUGCAGCCUGUGACCCUGCCCUGACUGCUAUGAGCAAGAUGCAGUGGCAGAACGUGGAACAUGUUGGUGACCAGAGUCCUUAUGUGACCUCAGUGAUUCUCCACAUUAAACAGAAUGUCCCCAUCAUCCGUGACAACCUGGCCUCCACCAGGAAGUAUUUCACUCAGUUCUGUAUCAAGUUUGCAAACUCCUUCAUUCCCAAGUUCAUUAACCAUCUCUUCAAGUGCAAACCUAUUAGCAUGGUGGGUGCAGAGCAGCUGCUGCUGGACACUCACUCUCUGAAGAUGGUUCUCCUGGACCUGCCCUCCAUUGGGUCCCAAGUGGUGAGGAAGGCUCCUGCCAGCUACACAAAAAUUGUGGUGAAAGGCAUGACUCGGGCUGAAAUGAUCCUGAAGGUGGUGAUGGCUCCACAUGAACCCCCAGUUGUAUUUGUUGACAAUUACAUCAAACUCCUUGCUGACUGCAGCACAGAUACCUUCCAGAAGAUACUUGACAUGAAGGGCCUGAAGAGGAGUGAGCAGAGCAGCAUGCUGGAGCUCUUCCGCCAGCGCCUUCCGGCUCCUCCCUCGGGAGCAGAGAAUUCCAGCCCUCUCUCGCUGGGCGCCCCGACGCCCGAGCAGGAGUCCUCGCGGAUACGGAAACUGGAGAAGCUCAUCAAAAAAAGGCUCUAAGUGAGCAGAAAGGAAACUGUUGCUCAGGACUAGCUGCAGUGACUGGGAGCAAAGCUCAUCAGACUUGUGAUUUUUACAAUGUGCUGCUGAGAAAUCCGUGUCCUGACGUUCCCACACCCUGGGAUCUCUUGCC